AUGGCCUCGGAAACGCUGCUUCUGCCUCUGCCACACGCACAAGAACAUGGCUUCUUCACCAAGGUCGAGCCCUUUGUUGACGCUCCUCCUGCGCCUCGCUUUGACCCUUCCGUCCACCUCUGCUUCGAACCGCCCAAAGCCCUGGUGACCCUGAAAGAACUUCUGCUUUCGGAAACAGAUGCCAUCUCUCCCGUUGCCAUCACGGAACCCUUUCCCUUGUUCACGCUUGAAGGCGUCAGGCAGAUGCGGGCCGAUCUGUUUCGCAAAGAGGUUGUUGAGAAACACGGGAACCGGACACUGCCGCAUUGCUACAAAAUGAGGGGAUAUUCCAAGGACACUCCCUUUGUGGACUCGGUCUGGCGGAGUGAAGCGGUGCUUCAAGCAUGUUCGCAGGCUGCAGGUGUCGAUUUAGAGGUCGUGUUCGACUACGAGAUUGCACAUCUCAACGUCCAGGUGGACGCGCUCGAGGACGACAUGCCCUUGGGCGACGCUCUGCCGCCUGCGUUUCCGCCGAGCCAGUCUACUUUGCCCAAGGCAGCUCCUGUCGAUCACACAGACGAGCUGGCUUCGGUCGGACUGUGGCACAAAGACUCAUACCCUUGGGUCUGCGUCUGCAUGCUCUCCGACCCCAGUAACAUGGUGGGCGGAGAGACGGGGCUCAGGAGAGGUGACGGGUCGAUCGCCAAGGUCAGAGGGCCCGGAGUCGGUUGGGCCGUCAUGAUGCAGGGAGGCUGUAUUGAACAUAUUGCCCUCAAGUCUGCCGGAACGGGCGAGCGCGUCACCAUGGUCACUUCAUUUCGUCCUCGCGACCCAAAUCUUUCCGAUGUUUCCAACCUGGGCAAUGUCAAGAAGAGCAGCGACUGGGACCAGCUCUUCAAGCAGUGGUCCAUGUACCGCCUGGAAGUUCUUGAGAAGCGAGCACAGUUGCUGAGAGAGGAAAUCGGCCGUGGAUCACCUACGGGCCCUCAGAUCGCUGAGAUGAUGAGCAAAUGGAACGACGAGCAGUUUGCCUAUAUGAACCAUACUGCGCUGGAGAUGACGGGCGACGGCAAUCCAGGAUCUCAAUAUUAA